GAGACGUUCUUCCUCGCGCUCAGAAACAUUCUACUACCCUUCUGGAGGCCACCCUUUUUUGAGCUCGGAUACAUCAUAGUGAGUUUUUCUUCUUCUAUCAACUACCUUGUCACAGACACGCUACUACUUUCCCUUUUCCUUUUCCAGCCCUUCUCUCUCUGUCUGUUCGUCCAGGUGACCGAUGAGGCCAUGCUGUGAUAACUUCUUCAAUGUCAUGGUGUCAUCGGCCAUCUGGCUUUUAUGGAUUAUUUUGGUUCAUUCAAAUGAUCAGUUUCUUUCGUGUGCUACUAGUAAGAGUUCGACAGGCCGUAUAUGCCCAACGCACGAUUCUGCAAUCACUGGCAUUCAUGAAUGUGUCAAAUUCUCGGAUGAUCAACCAUCUGAGCUCGGACACGCUACUUCUACUUUCCUUGGUCCAUGGAAUUGUCGCAUCGCGCCCCACCCGAACGGCUCAGACGGAUGAUGACACAGUAGAUGCGACAGAGCCAUUACGUCGCAAGCCAUUCGAGCUUCCAUAGAUCUGUGGAAUGUGGCCUAUCAACUGUCAAGCUCAGAUCCAGACACGCCGCUCGUGUACUACCUGGGCGAGCAGAUAACGACCU